GGACUCGACGGAGUGCCAGGCGUGGCAGGUCCGCCUGGUCCACCAGGAAGUGAUGCCCAAUAUUGUCCUUGUCCACCGCGUCCUAUGCUCCAUGCGGUCACGGUAGGAACAGCGGCUGCUGCCACUACUACCGCUCCAUCCGUGGCUGUCGAAGCAGCUGCCGCAGUCACUGCAGGAGGAAUUAACGUAACAACCAUAACAGCAGAAGCUGAACGAAAAGUGGAGGAAGAAGCAACUGCUCCAACAACAACUGUGGAAGGAGAGGCCGGCGCUGUCACAACAACUGCUGCUACAACAGCAGGUGAGGUAACUGCCACUGGAGCUGCUACCGCCGAAGCAGGUGCGACUGUAACCAGUACCGUUGAAACUACUACUGUUGAGGCUGGCACUGUCGAAACUGGUGCAACUGAAGCGACUGUUACUGCAGCUGGUGCUACCGAGGCAGGCGUUACUCCUGCUGUAGAGGUUGAGGGUGCAGCAAACAAUCUAACCACUAUAGGAAUAGGGUAUGAGGGAGCAGGUGCAGCUGAAUCAGUUACUGUUUCAUCGUCAGAGAUCGAAGCGGGUGGAGCAAAUAACGCUUCCGUCGAAGCACCCGAAGGCGAGGAAGAAGCCCGUAAGAAAAGGAAACGCAGACAUUAG